AUGUUUUCGCCGAAUCGAUCGGGAAAUCGAAUAAGCGUUAGUCGAAGUGAUAAAACGAACCGCGCACCAUAUGCACCGCAGAAACAGCUAGAACAACAAAAGCAUGAGAAACAACCGUAUUGGGGUCCUGACAGUCCAUCGGGUGAAGAAUCAUCUAUUGGUAUUCGACUACCUCUCCUCUUGAAUAAGUCAACAAAUACCGGUAUCCAGAGUUCUUCUACUGGGAUAACAACCAAUCGUUUACCUCCACCGCCACCACCACCACGUUCAGUUACCACGUCUUUUGGUCUCUUCCCACUACCAUAUCAACGAAUAAUUCAACGAGACACUCCAUUCAAUCGACGAAUCCCUUCUGAACUUUUGCAAGUUAGGCUUGAAGCUGUCUCGAAACCUUACUGGGCGCAGGCAAGCCUAUCAAUUUUUACAGAACAAGUCAAGAAGCUGUUGGACGGAACACAUCAGUUGCGCAUCGACGGUCAUCACGUCGGAAGCGCCGGCCCUGGCGCUGGCCACGGACAUAAAAAGGAAUUUGGUCCAGCGAUGAUACUGUACUAUUUGGCAUCCGCUUUUCGGACUCUUUAUCCACGACUUGAUGAUGAUUUUGUUGAUAAAUUAAACUAUUAUUAUACGACUACGAUACUAGCGUCGUUUGCGCUUCUUGUUUCUGCCAAACAGUACGUUGGUUUUCCAAUACAGUGUUGGGUUCCUGCAACUUUCACAGAUGCUAUGGAACAAUACACAGAAAAUUACUGCUGGGUGCAAAAUACCUACUGGGUGCCUAUGCAGGAAGAUAUUCCACGAGAAAUCUAUUCGCGGAGGAAUCGCCAAAUUGGUUAUUAUCAAUGGGUACCAUUUAUUCUAGCUAUAGAAGCAUUGCUUUUCUAUGUGCCUUGUAUAUUAUGGAGAGGAAUGUUAUACUGGCACUCAGGAAUCAAUUUGCAAGGUCUUGUGCAAAUGGCAUGCGAUGCAAGACUCAUGGAUGCGGAUGUUAAAAGUCGUACGGUGUACACCAUGGCACGACAUAUGGAAGACGAAGUACAAUUAGCGCAUCUGGAAAGACAUGGACAUCCACGAGCUUGUUUUCCAUUUUUGCAGGCGAGAGGUCAAUGUGGAAGACACUGCGGAUGCUAUGUUACUAUGUUAUACAUUGGUAUCAAGAUAUUAUAUUCGGCAAACGUCCUAUUGCAGUUCUUCCUGUUAAAUCAUCUAUUAGGUGCGGAUGAUCUUACGUAUGGUUUUUCAUUACUGCGCGAUCUGAUGCAUGAAGUUGAAUGGGAACAAACGGGAAUGUUCCCGCGAGUAACACUUUGCGAUUUCGAGGUGCGAGUGCUCGGUAAUAUUCAUCGGCACACAGUGCAAUGUGUGCUGAUGAUCAAUAUGUUCAAUGAAAAAAUCUUCCUUUUUUUAUGGUUUUGGUUUUUAACCGUUGGUUUGAUAACAGUGUUCAACAGUUGUUACUGGAUACUUGUAAUGUUCAUUCCAAGUCAGGGAAUGUCUUUUAUUCGCAAAUAUUUACGAGCAUUAAGUGAUCAUCCAACAAAGCCGGCAGCUGAUGAUGUAUCACUCCGGAAAUUUACGAAUCAAUUUUUGCGUAAAGAUGGUGUAUUUAUGCUUCGAAUGAUCUCAACUCAUGCCGGUGAACUGAUGAGCAGUGAAUUAAUUCUUGCGUUAUGGCAGGACUUCAAUAAUAUUGAUCGCUCGUCCGCUCAAUUCUGGGAUGCUGAACACGGUGCUGGGACACUGAACGCCUAA